AAACUGAAGUUUUCAGUGUCUGAAUUCUCUGCGAUUCCUCCUCUGACUGAUCACUGCUUUAUUGGAAGAGCUCAAAUGAUGAACUGACAAAAAUUACAUUAAAAGGGCAGUGAGAACGGCAGGAUGAGGCUGAUUCAUGGAUUCUGUGUCUUUGUCCUCUCAUUAUUCUUCCUUCCCUGUCAUGGACAAAAAAUUGUGUGUACCCAAGAAGCCAUGGCAGAUAUUGUGUUUUUAGUUGAUGGCUCUGCCAGCAUCGGCCUCAGCAACUUUCAACAGAUCCGAGACUUUCUGUCCUCGCUGGUGUCCAAUUUUGACAUUGCCCCGAACAAAGUCCGGAUAGGUCUGGUCCAGUUCAGUGACACACCCCGCACUGAGUUCUACCUAAAAACAUAUGAGAACAAGCAGCAGAUUCUCGACUACAUCCGACAGCUGCCUUACAAAACUGGUGGCACCAACACGGGCCUCGGCUUGGAGUUCCUGCUCAAGAGUCACUUUGUGGAGGAGGCAGGAAGCCGGGCCAAAUGGAACGUGCCCCAGAUUUCCGUGGUCAUCACGGAUGGAAACUCCCAGGACGAGGUCGAGCCGCACGCCCAGGAGCUGAGGCAGAAGGGGAUCAAAUUGUACGCCAUCGGGAUCAAGGACGCCGAUGAGAAGCUCCUGAAGCAGAUCGCCAACCAGCCAUAUGACCAGUACGUGUACAGCGUGUCAGACUUCACCGCCCUGCAGGAGAUCUCGCAAAAUGUAAUCCAUAAACUGUGCACCACCGUGGAAGAGGCCAAGGGACUGCAGGCCGAUUGUCGUGAGAUUACUUCGGCAGAUAUAGUGCUGCUAGUGGAUUCAUCUGACAGUGUUGGAGACACCAACUUUGCUGAAAUACGCCGUUUCCUGCAUACAUUUGUAGACAGACUAGAAAUCGGGGGUGAUAAGGUAAGAGUUGGACUUGCUCAGUUCAGCCAUGCACCAUACCAGGAAUUCCUGCUUGAUGCAUACAGAGACAAAGCAAAUCUGCUCAAGCAGCUGGAAAACAUCAUGUACCAUAAGGGUGGCACAAAUAUUGCAAAAGCCCUGGACUUCAUUCGGGAGAGUUACUUCAGCCAGGCCAGAAAAAAUGUCCCUCGUAUCGCUAUAGUGAUCACCAAUGGCAACACCAAUGAUACAGCAGAAGAGGCAGCCCAGAAACUCAGGCAGCAGGGAGUCGUCAUCUUUGUGAUUAAAACUGGGCAGGCAGAUGCUACACACUUGAGCACUGUUGCUAACAGUCCUCAAGAAGAAUUCCUGUUUAGUGUAGACACUUACCAGAAGCUAGAUGGGCUCGUCGAAAAUCUGCGCAGGAGAGUGUGUAAUGCUGUCGAGGAUCAGUUGCGAGCUCUUGCCAUGAAGUUUGCAGAUAUCUUCGUCCUGGUUGACAGUACAGCAUUAGGAAAAGAGGCUCAGCAAAUGAAGACUUUCUUAGCACGAAUAGUCAACCAGAUGAACAUAGGGAAAGAUGCUAAUCGGGUUGGCCUGGCUCAGUUCAGCAAGGAUGUUCAGGUAGAAUUCUUGUUCAAUACUAAUAAAACCAAGGAGGAGAUCUUGUCAUCCAUCCGAAGUCUCCAACUGAAGUCCAAGGAACCACGGAGAAUUGGGAAUGCCAUAGAAUAUGCUCGCAAAAACUUCUUCAACACCUCAGCUGGCAGCCGCAUCUCCCAGGGCUUUAAACAACACCUGCUUGUGAUGACAGCGGGCAAAUCAGACGACAAUGUGCUUCGGCCAGCACGCGUGAUCAAAAACGAGGCAGUGAAAGUGAUCGUUGUUGGCUUUGGCCAAACGGAAAUGGAUGUGAUGGAGGACAUUGCUAGUCCCAAACAGAGCUACAAGUUAGAGACACCAAACACUUUGCAGAAAGUCAGGAUGACAGUUGAAUCAAAAGAGCCACCUAAAAUCACAGGAGAGUGCAUAGCUGCUGAGAUAGCAGAUAUAGUGUUUAUCGUCGAUGGAUCUCGUAACGUUGGACCAGAAAACUUUCACAUAAUACGCACCUUCCUCCAGAAUACCAUAGCAGCCCUCGAUGUAGCCAUGGACAAAGUGAGGAUAGCCAUUGUCCAGUACAGUGAUGUGCCCAGGGCUGAUGUUUACUUGAACACUUUCAGUGACAAGAAGGAAAUUUUGGACUAUGUGAAGACCCUGUCCUACGGCAGAGGGAAAUCGAAUACUGGAGCUGCUCUGAAAUUUGCCAAGGAGCAGGUGUUCACCAAGGUCAGAGGCAGCCGACAGGACCAGCACGUUGAGCAGAUAGCGGUGGUCAUCACUGAGGCGAAGUCCGCAGACGAUGUUAGCAGUCCGGCGGCAGAACUGCGUCGUUUGGGUGUCAAAAUAUUUGCCCUGGGCAUUAAAGACAUUAAUGCUAAUGAACCGCAAGAGAUUGCCUCCUACCCAUCCAAGAAGUUCUUGUUCAAUGUGGAGAGUUUCCCGAAGCUCAAUGCAUUGUCCAGUGAGCUAAUGAGGAGCCUUUGUGGGAACAUUAAGGAUGCUUUUGUAACUCUGCUAAAAAAUAUCACACUUCAUCAAGGCUGCAAGUUCACAGCUGAAGCUGACAUGUACUUCCUGUUGGAUGAAUCAGGAAGCAUUUCCUAUGAUGACUUUGAUGACAUGAAAGCCUUCAUUUUAGAGUUCCUCCAUGUGUUUGAGAUUGGCCCAGACCAGGUGCGCAUUGGUGUGGUGAAAUUUGCAGACAAAGCAACCCCCGUGUUUCACCUGAACACUUACAACACAAAAGCCAAAGUGCAAAAAGCAGUGAAAGCACUAUUUAUGGAAGGAGGUGGCACCAGGACAGAUUUAGGACUGGAGGAAAUGAUCCCACUUUUCAAACAGGCAGAACAAACGCGCAAGAAAAAGGUCCGUGAAUUUCUCAUCGUGAUCACAGAUGGCAAAUCUGAGCAUGUUGGCAAACCGCUGAAAGUUCACGCUGAACAACUCAGGAAGCAGAACGUCACCAUUUAUGCCAUCGGAGUAAAAGAUGCAGAUAAGGCCGAGUUGGAAGAUAUGUCAGGCAGCCCUAAAAGGACUUUCUUUGUCAACAACUAUGAUGCCCUUAAGGAGAUUAAGAGCAAAAUUCUUAAAGAAAUUUGUUCAUUUGAAGCCUGCAGUGACCUUUUGGCGGAUGUUGUCUUCCUGAUCGAUGGUGCUGAUGAGGUUGACCCUGUAGACUUCGAGCAGAUGAAAGAAUUGAUAGAGUUUACUGUAGAAAAACUUCCCAUUAGACAAAACAGGGUACGCCUCGCUGUCAUGCAGUACAGCACGCAUGCGAAAGUGGAAUUUGCUCUGAAUGCCUUUUAUGAUAAAGACAAACUCCAAAAGGAAAUAAUGUCCAUCAAGCAGAUUGGAGGCAGAUCCUUCACAGGCAAAGCGCUUGAGGAAGUGGCACAGGCUUUUGAGGAGGCCGAUGGGGGUCGUGCUAACACUUUGCAGUUCCUAGUAGUCGUUACGGAUAGCUUGGCCAAAGACAAUGUGACUCUGCCAGCUAGAGCGCUUAGAGACAAGAACAUCAAUAUUUAUGCAGUUGGUAUGGGGCAUGCUAAUAGAGACCAGCUUUUUGAAAUCUCAGGAUCCCGUGAGAGAGUCUACCUGGAAAAUAACUUUGGUUCCAUGCAGAACUUGGGCAGUGAGGUCAUCUUCAAGAUCUGCAAUACUGAGUGCAAAAGACCUGAAUUAGUAGAUAUUAUCUUCCUGGUGGAUGUUGCUGGGAGCAUCAACAAAGAAAGUUUCCAGAGUAUGAAAAGCUUCAUGGAAACUUUGGUGAGCAAGUCUGAGGUCGGGGCAAAACGGGUUCGAAUUGGCACUAUCACCUACGCAGACCAACCUCAGUCCGAGUUCACCCUGAUUCAGUACUCCAGCAAGGCCGAGGUGCUGAAGUCCAUCUCGGAGCUGCGUUCGCUGGGCGGACGCAGAAACACAGCCCAGGCGCUUAAGUAUUCGCUCUCCUACUUUGCUGCUGGGCACGGAGGACGCCGUGCCCAAAACAUCCCCCAGGUGCUCCUCUUGAUAACAGAUGGCCCUGUCGCCGACACCUAUGACCUGACAGAUUGGCCCGUAGAUCUCAAAGAUUCGGAGGUCAACAUGUUUGCUAUCGGGGUGGCAGGAGCCCGUGAGGAUGAACUCAGGAGCAUUACACUUAAUAACCAAAGGGCCUUCUAUGUGGAUACCUAUCAAGACCUAGAAGCCUUGUAUAAACCCAUUACUCAAGAACUCUGCAAUCUGACAAAACCAGUGUGUGAGAAGGAAGAGGCAGACCUGGUCAUUUUGAUUGAUGGGUCUGAAUCAAUUAGCUCUUUGGAUUGGGAAACAGUAAAAAUCACCUUGAUCAACCUGGUUAAAAAGCUCGAAAUCGCACCAGACAAAUGGCAGGUCGGUGUGGCUCAGUUCAGUGACAAAUUACUGGAUCACUUCUACCUGAACCAAUAUAACAAUGUAGCAGGAGUGGAACAGGGCAUACGUGACAUUACCCAACGAAGACAAGGAACACACACCUGGGCUGCCUUGAAGUUAGUGCAGGACUACUUUAAAACAGAGCACGGUUCAAGGAUAAACAAAGGAGUCUCCCAGAAUUUGCUGCUUGUCACUGAUGGCAAAGCUAACGAUGAGGAGGAUCUACAGAGUCUAGCUCAAAUCAGAGCCAAGGACAUUGAGAUAUUUGCCAUUGGAAUCGGUAGCAACAUAAACCAGCAUGAGCUCCUCAAAAUAGCAGGCUCAAAGGAACGGAUCUUCUUCGAGAGCUUCGAGAGCCUUCCACUGAAGACCACCACAACGAAAGUCCUCCAAGCCAUUUGCAUCCCCUCAGUAAUUCUCAGUCCACAUGGCUGCUUGGUUGACAUCGGCAUUGGAUUUGCUGUUUCACAACGAACAAGCACGCAGCCUCUGCUGGGUCCACACACUGAGACCCUCGUCGCGGCAGCUGUCCAGCGUCUAUCCACGAUGGGACAGCUUUGCUGCCUCAGCGUGGACGCAGCCGAAACCAGGAUCGGCUUCCGCCUGGUCUCCGGGCGAGAGGGGAAGAUUAUAGAUGACUUUGCCUUCGAGGAGUAUGAUGAAAACGUGGCGAGGAAGGUGCUGGCCCUGCGGCCUGCAAUACCCAUGGCCUUCAAUGCACUUUUGCUGAACUCCUUCAAACAGAAGUUUGCUUCCUCUCAAGCCGGCGUGAAGGUGGUGAUUCUGUUCACAGAUGGGCUUCACGAUACCUUGGAGCAUCUAAAGAAGAGCUCUGACAGCCUUCGGGAGAGUGGCGUCAGUGCGCUGUUGAUUGUGGCCCUGGAUGGUAAUGUGGACUACCAGCAGUUAGAAUUUGGACGGGGUUUUUCUUAUAAUAAACCCCUUUCCAUCAGCAUGCUGAAUGUGGGCAAUGCACUGCAGGACCAAAUUAAAGCAGUGGCUUCAGCAGAGUGUUGUAAUGUGUCAUGUGCCUGUAGCGGAGACGUCGGUUUCAGUGGCUUCCCUGGCCUCCCAGGACUAAAGGGUGUACCUGGGCUUAGAGGCCAUCCUGGAUUCCCUGGUGAGGUUGGAGCCAUGGGAAGAAGAGGUUUACUGGGACUCAACGGAACCCAAGGACAUCAGGGCUGCUCUGGCAAAAGAGGCAUCAAGGGCUCCAUAGGCUAUUCUGGAAAUAGAGGAGAACAGGGGGAGAUCGGGCUAGACGGAGUGGAUGGUGAGCAGGGUGAAACUGGCCUAGCGGGAACGGCAGGACCAAAGGGGAACCAAGGACGUCCAGGUCUGAAGGGAGUUCGCGGGACUCCUGGUGUCAAGGGAAACCGUGGUGUGAAAGGAGAACCUGGGAGUCCUGGGCUGGAUAACAGAGUGUCUGGUCCAAAGGGGGAGAGAGGAUAUAUAGGCCUUCCUGGUGGCCAAGGUCCAGGUGGAGCUCCGGGGAGACCAGGAGACAGCGGCGAGCCUGGCUUCCCUGGGAGGAAGGGUCCACCAGGCUCUAAGGGUUUUUCAUCCACUGUGAAAGGAGAACCUGGAUCAGAAGGCCUUGCUGGAUAUCCUGGUUACCAGGGCCCUGUCGGGGGAGAAGGACUCAAAGGACAGAAAGGUUACCGGGGUAACCCUGGAGUACAGGGACUCUACGGUCCAGCUGGAAGUGAAGGACUUAAAGGAAAUCAAGGGCCUAGAGGACAGCGGGGACUGCCGGGUGACACUGGCAGUAAAGGCAAUAUUGGCCCAGAGGGUUUCAGGGGAUCAUCGGGCCAUCCAGGCACAGAUGGUUUUGGACCUCCUGGACGUAAAGGCCAACAGGGAAAUCCAGGUUUCCAUGGUUAUCCUGGGCUGCAGGGUAAGGAUGGUGCUAAGGGGUACAGUGGUGUCUUGGGCCCCAAAGGACGCCCAGGAAGGCCGGGUAAAACAGGCAAUGCCGGAUUCCCAGGGGAUCCUGGAGAGAGUGGAAUGAUCGGACACAGGGGUCCCAGAGGAUUACCAGGAACCACCACCAAGACUGACUGUGAACUAGUGAAUUAUAUCCGUGAAAACUGUGCAUGUUGUGCAGGUCACAGCCAGUGUCCAGCAUACCCCACAGAGCUGGUGAUUGCUCUGGACGUGUCAGCUGACGUAACUCCACAGGUGUUCAUGAGGAUGCGUUCAGCUGCACUUUCCCUACUGGGGGACAUUACCAUCGCUGACACCAGCUGUCCAGUUGGGGCCCGAGUCUCCGUCGUCUCCUACAGCAACGAAACCAACUACCUGCUCCGUUUCUCCGACCACCGGCAAAAGAAAACGCUCCUCGAAGCUGUGAGGGGAAUCUCACUACAGAGGACCAGGAAUACCCGGAACGUCGGCCGCGCUAUGCGCUUUGUCGCUCAGAACGUCUUCAAACGUGUCCGGGAUGGGAAGCUGGUGAGGAAGGUGGCAGUCUUCCUCACGAACGGGCCAUCGGAGGAGGCCUCGGGCAUAGCGACGGCCAUGCUGGAGUUUAAGGCCUUGGAUAUCAAUCUGGGAGUCAUCGCUUUUAGAGCUGCUCCAGACAUUCGCCACGCAAUUCAGGCUGAUGAAACGAGGAGCUUCAUGAUGUUUGAUUCCCAGAGAGCCACUCGGAUUAAACAGUGUGUCAUCUGUUUUGACCGCUGCCAUCCAGACCAGACAUGUGGAAUCAUCCAAAGCCCAUUGCCUGAAGAGGUGGACGUGGACCUGACGGUUCUGAUGGACGCCUCCAGCGAUCUUCAGAUGGAUCAGUACUCUGGCGCCAAGCAGCUGCUGCUAUCCCUGCUGGACGAGUUGGCGGUGAGCAGCGACCCCGACCGCAAGGAUGGCCGGCCUAGGGUGGGCGUGUACCAGCAAAGCUCCGCCUACCCGGUCACCCACAUCAAGGAGGAGUUCGGCCUUGGCACGUUCAAGGACCGUGCCCUGAUGAAAAGGCACAUUUCCCAGGGCAUGCAGCAGGCGGGCGGGUCUUCCAGCCUUGUCCACGCCUUAGACUGGAUGGUGACCAAUGCCGUCCUGAAGGCGUCGGCGCCCAGGAGGAAGCGGAUGGUGCUGGUCGUUCUCGGCGAGGACGUGGGUCACCUGGGCAGAGAGGACAUGGACUAUGUCUCUAAGCUCUGCAUGUGUAACAACGUGGUGGUGUUCACCGUGACAGUGGGAGAGAAGUUCAGCUCCGCUCAGGCAGAGGAACUAAGCACAUUUCCGGUCGAGCAGCACAUGGUGCACCUGGGCCAGCUAGCGCAGCGGGACCUGAAGUAUGCCCAGCGUUUCAUCAGAGGCUUCCUACGGAUGCUCAGCAGAGAUUUCUUCUCAAAACCCUCAUCACAGAGUGGAGAAUGUGGCACUUUUGUGUCAAGACAAGCAGACCAAGUCCCUUAUCCAGAAGAAGGAGUUGAUCAGUCCACCACUCCUCCAACUAUGGUGUCUGAGGAGGUACCCAUGGAGCCCCAGCCUGAGGCCUACACAGGGCUCCCUUCCAGAGUGCUCUGGGAUGUGCGGGAUGUGCAGAAGAAUGUCUACCAGACUGUGAGUCAUCUGCACAAUCACACAGUAGCCUAUAGUGAGACCACGGGGUACACUGAGGCCACCAUAUUGAAAGAGGAAGAGGAGGAAGAGGAAGAGGAGGAAGAUGAUGAUGUUGCUAAACCCCAGAGUGGCCCAGAUGAAUCUAAAGCUCGAUGUUUACUAAAUAAGGAUGUGGGCACCGUGUGUGCGAAUUAUGAGUCGAGGUGGUUUUAUGACCGAAACAUGCAGCGAUGCACACACUUCUGGUAUGGGGGCUGUGGUGGGAAUAGCAAUCGCUUCCUUACAGAAAUGGAGUGCCUUAAGACGUGUGGAACGCUGGAACCUGAAAAACUUCUUAAGGAUGAGCCAUCACCUGAAGAUCUUUGCCAGCUUCCUGAAGAUACAGGGAAAUGUGUUGACUUUCUUUUGAAAUGGCACUUUAACACCCAAAAUCAAAAGUGCACCACUUUCUGGUACGGAGGAUGUGAAGGGAACAGCAACAGGUUUGACACACAAGAAGAGUGUGAGGCUCGCUGUCUGAGAGCUGUGAACAAACACUGAGGUGCAGCGUUUAUCUGCAAGGCCUGCCGUGCAUGUGGACACGAGCUGAAUGAGCGGAUGCCUGCGGAAGAUUUAAAGGGCAGCAAAACUCAGCAGGCAUGGCGACGGUCCACGGGUUCUAGGAAGCGUCCAUCGUUAUCCUGCGAAGCCGAGUCUAUCGAUUGACCGUCAGGAGGGAGUGAGAGAGCGAGGGGCGAGAAAGUACGACUUCCACCUUCGCUGCAGCUCGGUCGGGCAGGACACGCCAUGGCUUUACAAUUCAUUAUAAUCACGGAAAGCCGAUUCAUCUGCCCUGCAUCUUCCUGACAUGGCUGUAAACCCUCUCUCACUUUCGUCUUCUGCUUUUGAAUGGGUUACUAUAUAACUCUCAACCACGAACUUCUAAUUCAAUACAGAAGCGUGUGUGAUAAAUGCAGAAGGUACAAACAGUGCCAUUAUGGAGUCACACCAAUCACAUAUCUCUAUUGAACUCUAUUGGAUAUACAGCUCAUAUACCAAUACACCAAUCAUUCAUUCUGUACAUACUUAAUAAUUGUAAAUGAGCUAACACAUAAACAGUCUUGAGCGCAAGCAUAAAUAUCUCUAUAUGGUUAUUUACAUAAAACUGUAUUUUUUUUAAAGGCAGCUUUGAAACUUUUAAGCUCAAAUGAAUACAGCUGAUGCAGAUGGUAUUUGCUGAAAUGAACCAUUCCCAUAAAAAAGCAACUGAAUUAUUUAGUACUGCAUACUUACAUUUCUUUCCUAUGAAUGAAUAUGCAGAGAGAUGUUUUAAUGUGAUUCCAUACAGAUUUAACCGUUAAGAUACAAUACCAUUAAUAUGAUUCCAUUGGUCAGGAACAGCCCUGUGUGUGAAGUUACAUGCUAACACCAACAGCCAGUGUGGAAAUGUCAACAUACCAAAUAUUUGGGUCUUAAAUUACACCCGUCAUAGGGUGACUUUAAAGAGAAUUAUUAUAAAUACAGUGUUGGCACCUUCCACUAGACAUCACUAAAAAUGGUGAUUUUUGGUGAAAAGUUAGAAAAGACUUAAAUGUUUGAAUAUACUUAAAUAGGGAACAGUGAUUUCACAUGGGGUUUUUGUCAUAUAUAUAAGUCGUUUGAACGUAAAAUACCUUUAACGGAGAGCUAAGUCUCCUAGUUGAAAUCCCAACAUCCUACAUAUUGUGGCAUCACAAAACCUAUAGCAUAUCGUUCAAAGUAAAAAAGCAAUAUCAACCCCAAAUUCCAUCAUCCAGAAACUAAACAUUUACCACCUGUGAAGUUCAAUAGUUUUAGAGUGGGUACAUUACAGAAACAACAUAGUCCUGGGCAUCAGAACUGCCGGGUUAUUGCUGAUGUGAAACCGUUUCAGCCCUUGUUUAGAGAAGAAGUCUGUUCUCCCCAAAGGAGACGCUACCAUUGCGAACAUGUACGAGGGUAUGUCCUUUCAGAGACGUGUCCUUCUGCUCUGGCUUCCAUGUGAGCAAUGUUUUUCUUCUGGCAUACUCCUAUGACAUCAGGUAUUUGUUCCUUGUCUUUGCACUGGUAAACAGUGUCCUUUAUUUAGUGUCAGGUUACACAGGUCUUUUGCUUAAAAAAAAAAAAAAAAAAAAAAGUAUUCCGUCAAGAGACGAUAAAACGUAAAACUUUCAUUGAUGCUCAGUUUUCAAAAAACCUGAUACCACAUUUAACUAGCCCCUAGAAACAUCUAACUAGGAGUAGGGUGAAACAACUGAAAUGACAUCUAACUAGGAGUAGGGUGAAACUACUGAAAUGACAUCUAACUAGGAGUAGGGUGAAACUAUUGAAAUGACAUCUAACUAGGAGUAGGGUGAAACUAUUGAAAUGACAUCUAACUAGGAGUAGGGUGAAACUAUUGAAAUGACAUCUAACUAGGAGUAGGGUGAAACUACUGAAAUGACAUCUAACUAGGAGUAGAGUGAAACUACUGAAAUGACAUCUAACUAGGAGUAGGGUGAAACUACUGAAAUGACAUCUAACUAUGAGUAGUGUCAAAGUACUGAAAUUACAUCUAAUUAGGAAUAGUAUCAAGAGUAACUGACUAUGAGCAAAUAGUUACAGUCAAAGAGAAAGAUAUCACACUAUUGAUAUGACAGUAGUUAAUAAACAAGAAAUUUGGGAUGCAGAACAGAAAACAAAUAUUCCUUUUCAGACAGGAUCCAAGAGUCCUGUUAUUCUGCACCAAUCUGUGACCUCUCUUCUCCUGCCCUCUCCCUUAUACUGUGCAAGCUCACUUUAAUCUUUCUAAAAUUAGUCACCAAUUCUCUGGACAAAAUUUUCCUGUCCCUGAGAAUGAACAAGCAUUCAAAUUUGAAGAAAAAAAAAAAAGGUUUAGGGUUUACAAAACUUCCCAGGCUGUGAAAUUUAAUAAUAUGUAGUGAUCAGUAUUCAGGGCAUCUUGCAAAAUGCUCAAUUGGCUAUUUAUAUAUCCUGUGAUAUUUGUCCAUAGUAAUUUAGAAACAAGGAACAAACAGGGGACAGUGCAUCACUUUAUACAAACCCAUCAACGUUACUUAAACCGGGCUCUAUAAUGCACGAACAUUUAUGAAAAGACAAAAAAGCAGUGAUAAGGGGGGAAAAGAUCGUUAGCUCACUCUUUACAGCACAAAAACCACAGCAACAACCAAAAAAAAGCCUUAAGCAUAAAAUGGAUGCUUCAAUUACAUAACUAACAUUUACAUAAAUUGAUAAAACAUAUGUACAUCAGUAAAAACAGACACAAAAAGUGGGCAUCAAAAUUAGCUUUUAGGUGAAGAAUGGCCCUUAAAAAAGGUUAUGUCCUAUUUUUUCAAACCUCUCAGGUGUCUUGUAAUUAGAAAAUGCUGAUUGUGCAGCACCAUCAAUAGCCCUCAAAAGAAUAUGAUCACGAACGGUAUAUAAUCAAACAAUGAAUAUGAACAGCUGAAAAACGUUGAGCACAACUGUAGAAAGUCAUUGGAAAAUCACAUUAAAGGGUGCAUGGGCAUAAAGGAGCAAAAGCAAUGAGUGAACAAGAAGUAGAUUUAGGUUUUGGAAGGCUUCAGUGUUUCCUCACCCAUGCCCAUUAAUACGACGCCAAAAUCUUCAGGCUGUAUAUUGAGCAGAAGUAAAAAUGCCUGUUUGCUCUGAGUUUUAUUUUGUGGCUCCCUGACAGAGUUAAUCACCCCUCUGCUCAGCCAGCUGUCACCCUGACUUCAUCUCCCAGGGCCCUGGAGCAGGGUGUGGCGUCUCCUCUCCGCUGCCUGCCACAACAGCCCGGCCCGCGGUCAGUUCCUCUGGGCUCAGAUGCAAGCCAGGCCCCUCUUCGAGAGGCUGACUCAAUCCGAGUCGAUCAUCACGGCGACUUAGCUCGUCCUACCAAAGUGGAUGUGCUGCAGCACAGUGUGUGCUGUGAUUAUGUUUCAAAUGCUGUUCAAAAACAAAACAAAAAAAAGGUGUCCUGGCACGAUAAUGGUCAUAAAGGAUGUCCAGUUCUUCCUACUGUUGUUCUUGGAGAACUGUGUCAUGACAAAUGCAAAGAGAAGAAGAUAGACGGAGAGAGUAGACAUAGAGACCUGGGGAAUGAGCGGCAGGACUAUGGAUGGAUGAUGACAUAGAUUAUGGAGAACAGGUUUCAUUGCAGUUUUGUUUGGGGAGUACUACCCGCCUUGGCUCUGCAAUAAAUGUUAUUAAGUCAGUUAAUGGUGAUUUGAAACCCUUCGAACAGCAAAAUGCCCUUAAGUGUAAUGAGCUGUUAAUGAGAACUAUCAAAUAGUAGUUGUGCUGAUAGCAUACAUUGGAAUGAACAUGGCUUUAGUGAAAUGGAUUGUUCGAUGGUGUGCUAAAACGUUGUUGACUUUGCUCGAGUGUCUUUAACUCUGUGAUGCUCUUGGCGCACUCUAUUUGCGCAUGCUUACCUGGUUUAGUUUAACUCGGUUUUGAGCUAUGCGAUGAGAAUGGAGAGAGUCCAGUGUGACUGAGGCUUAAUGAAGUAGACGGCAAGACGCAGUUCACCUGCUCGACGUCUUCUGAGCUCUCG